AUGACAAAGGACAAUACACCUAUUCCUAUUUGUGCUGCUAGUCUAAAAUACAUAGCAUCCUAUGCUAGUGUGAUGCAAUAUGAAGACAAUGAUGUGGCAUGGUGGCAAACACAGAUCAAUACGUAUUUACAACAAGCAGCUUCCAAUCCAUCUGAGUCAGUUAGGACAGCUGCAUGUGAUUGCUUUGCAAGUCUAUCGACAGAGAUAUUUGAGAAGUUUCAUUUUCAAUACCAAAGACUGGCUGUAACCUUGUUACUUUCACUUGCUCAAGAUACAAAGAUGCAUGUCAAAGCAGCGGCUUGUAGAGCAUUAGGUGUGUUUGUGUUAUUUCCAUCCUUGAGAGAAGAUCCCUUGUUUAUGUCUGAUAUGAUCAAGGCCAUUCUAUUGCACAAAGAAGACAAGACUAUCUUAGUACGUGUUCGUAUCAGUUGGUCUAUUGCCAACUUAUGUGAUGCACUGGUAUUAGAAAGUGUCCAUCCUGAUUUCGAAUUACGUGAAUAUAUGGAUACACCAGAAUGGAUUGAUAUUCUGAAUAUUUCUAUUGCUGCUCUAGAUCAUGAAAAACUCAAGUCAAAUGCUGUGAGAGCCAUAGGCAGUCUGUUGAGACUGACACCUCAACCCUACUAUGCCAAUACACGCAUUAUGGCUUUAGUCAAACAAGCAGUGCAUGGCUUAAUCAAACAUAUUGAAUCAGGAUUGCUCAAGACAAGAUGGAAUGCUUGUCAUGCAACCAGCAAUAUGCUGUCUAAUCCAUUCUUUCCUAUUGGCUAUAUAGAGGGAGGUGGUCUUUAUCCAUGGACACAUACACUCUAUACUGCUUUGAUGCAUGCUUUAGUGGCAUGCAAGAAUUUCAAAGUCAGAAUCAAUGCCUGCCGUGCUUUAACUGCACCAGAAAAACAAAUACAGUAUGGGGAUAAACUGGAUGUGAUCAUUCAGAGUAUGAUAGAAGCAUGGGAUAUUUGUCAACAACAUACAGACUGUAAAGAAAUGAAAUAUAAACAACAAUUAGAACAACAGGCAAGUAAGCUUAUUUUAGAAUUGAGAUAA